AUGUCGCAGUCAUCAGCCAAUGUUGAGUUUCUGUAUCCCCCCGCGGAAGGCGAGAACCCGACGCGGCUUUCGGCCGUCGAUUCGGUGCCAGAGGACGCCGGCGAGACACCUGAGCCCCCUGCUUCCUCAGCGACUCCGCAGGGCUCGGCGCCGUUCCCACACCACAGCCUGCCGACCUUGGCAGGCGUUAAGCAGCCAGCGGGUGCUAUCUCAGAAACCGACUGCCAAGGCGCCGCUGCCUCUCACAGAGGAUUGACCUACGGCAGCGACCCUCCAGACGAGCUGCCCGCCUUCGGCUGCGCAGGUGAGGACGAUACGUCCGACUCAUUGGUUCAGGGAAUGCGGACCAUCGCCUAUCCGCGUUCGUGUCCGCCAACGCUGUCGACGUCAACAGUGAGCGCCAAUCGAGGCCUUCAUCUGUCUCCAGAGGCUUCGGGCGUCGAGGGCGAAAGUGAGGCAGCCGUUGCGCGCCGUGAUCUCAACACAAAGGAUAAGAUUGCUGUCGAUACACCUAGGAUGAACAGCGUCGCACCGACGGUGCCCUUUUCCUCCGCAACCGCUAGUGACAUGCCGGUGAGUCUGACGAAGAAGUAUCAUGGUGAUGCGGUGUGCAGGUACCCAGUGGAGGGAGCAGCGGAUGGGGUACCAAACCCGCUGGGUCGCGAGGGCAACGGCAACGCAAAAAAUGGGGCGACUGCAGGCAGCGUUAUCGCGGUGGACGAUGAGCAGACCCCGUCCCGCUCUACCACCGAGUAUGUGAAGGAGAACAGCGACCGGCUCUUCUCCCUUUCAAGCAUCCCUGCCCCCACGACGGCGGAGGAGUACUACGCGCGUGUCGCCGAGAUCGAUCACGUGCGCUGCGGUCUCGGUCAGGAGCUGGAGGGUGACGCGAAGGACAUCUACGGCCCCACGUGGCCCUUCUCACGGCGCAUGGUUGCCUCGAAGGUAUUCGGCGCAAAGGAGUCCCCGGCGCCGAACUGCGACCGCAAGACAAACAUCCAAGCUGUGACCGGCCCGCGGGUUUGGACGCUGCUCUUCAUUUAUGGCGCCCUCAUCAUUUACCCAAUCUUUACCACCGUCGCCUACGCUGGCGAGCACGCGUGGCAAGGCAUCGUCGUUCUGUGGGGGCUCUCCGGCGUCACGGUCGUGUUUGUGACGCUUUGCGCCUUUACAAAUCCCGGCAUUGUGCCACGCCGGCGGCUGAAGAAUGUCACCGACCGCGGCGAUAUCCUAAUCGUGCGCGUCCCGGCGCCGAAUGCGCAGGCGGUGCUAGACAAGCUGCGAGAGCUUCCCGAGACGAUGACACAACUUCCCGCGGCGAAGAGCGGCAAUGGUGGCUGUGGCGCGGACGCCAAUGCAUCUGUCUAUACCGUGGAAGCCCUCCGCAGCGCUGUCGCGGAGGGCGACAUUCCAGCAAGCGUUUUCAAUCACAGGCGAUCCACCUUGUACUCGAUGGAGCGGUACUUUGAGACGGAUACGGGCCGCAUUGUACCUUACAAUCCACGUCUGAGCGAGUCCGACUUGGCCGUGCCCACGUUGGAGUUUCCUAUCCUCUUCUGCCGAAUUUGCCAGGUCGCCAAGGGACCCCGGACGCAUCACUGCAAGGUGUGCCAGAACUGCGUAGAUGAGAUGGACCACCACUGUCCGUGGACAAACUCCUGCAUCGGUCAGAGCAACUACCCGUACUUCUUUGGCUCGCUCUUCUUCCUGCAUCUGAUGGUCCUCUAUGCCAUUCUCUACAACUUUGCGCAGAACGUUCGUUUCAUCUACCUGCACCCAACGUGGGACAUCUUGCGGCUCCUGCGCUACGCGUACGGCAUGCCGCUGAUUGUGUAUAUCAGCUUCUUCGUUCUCGGCCUCUUUUUCUUUCCGCUGCUGAUCAGUCAUGUGUACAUGAUGUGCCAGGGCGUGACGACUGCCGAGAUGCUCAAGAAGAAGUGGAAGACGAGCAAGUACUUUGAUGGCAUCAAUCCCUGGUCGCAGGAGCACUGGUAUCAGAACAUCUACACCCGUCUGUUUAAGCGCUGGCCGGCAGCGCAGGACGACCCGCUGCGCUGGCUGGAUUCGCGCUACUACUACGGCGUCACUGUCGCCGCGGCGGUGGAGGAUCAGAAGGUUGACUGGCUUAUCGCUCUGCCACCGGAAGAGCGCAAGAAGGUCGAGGAGCGCGAAGCUGCCGCACGACAGGCUGGCGCGAAGGCACGUCUGGAGCAGGAGACCGAGAUUGUGCGGGCGUCCAUGGAGAAGCGAGGCUUCCACGCUACGUGA